UUGAUGUUACACUAAAGCUUUCUUAUCCACAGGUUAGAACAUGUUCUAACCUGUGGAUAAAAUAAUCUGUUAUUCAUCUGCAGAUGAAUAACAGAUUAUUUUAUUUUUAUUUGAAAGGUUAAAUGAUAAAGGUGAUGAAAUAACAGAGAUGACAGAGGCAAGAAAGCCUCUCGUGGCUGAAUCGGUCACAUUGGAGGGCAUUCAAAUGUUUGUCUCAGUCAUCCGCUCAGGAGCAGAGGUGGAUGUGGAAACCCUUCUUCGAUCCCUCAUCAGCAAGCUGCUGGAAACUUUAGCCGGCCUUCAGAUCACCAGCAGUGCAUUCGCUCUGCGGAGGACGAAAGAAGCUGGAUUAUUUUCAUUAUGGAUCAAUUGCUGAUUAUUUCCCCAUUAGUCAGUUGAUUUGUUUGCCUUGUAAAAAAUCUUAAAACAGUGAAAAAUGCCAUCACGAGUUCUCAGAGCCCAAAGUGACACCUUCAUACCAUUCCAAAUGAUUCAGGAUAAAUGAAAAUGAUUAAACUCAUUAAAAAGGAAAAGCAACAAAUCCUCACAUUUUUGAACACAUCAUGUGUUACACAGCAAGUUAUAAUAAAUUAGAAUGCUUUUUUGCCAAUCUCCAUAUUAACUGUUUGUUUAAACAGUGGUUGGUGGUCCUCACUCACCAAGGAGUGGGCCAGUUAAUUUGAGUCACAAUGUAAUUUACAGAAAUAACUGACUAACUAACUUAAUAAACAUCAAACAAAAAUGAUUAAUAAAUUUACAAAAACAACAAAAAUAAUCAACGACUAAAUGUUGAACAAACCAACUGAUUUAUAUUUGUGUAAUAGCCCUUAUUUGAUAAAGCUAUCAGCUAGUCGCUGGUUUGUAUUUACGUCCCGCCGUUGAGGCGGAACUACAAAACAAAGCAGGAAAAAGGAGUUCCGACCCGGACACGUGUUCCCUGUGCACCUCGUGCACUGUGGUUUGUUAAUGGGAAUGUAUUGUAUUAAGUCCGUUCAGCGGUGGAGUGAUAAGUCACAACGUGAUUCGCCUGUGCUGCUGCUCACUUAUCUGACUUGGUAAAGCAUGUCUCAGGACAGUCAACAUGGCAGGUGGACCAUCUCCAGCAGUGACGACGAUGACGAGGCUAUUCCUCUCUCUGGGACCACAACGUCCGGGCCCCACCGACCCGCUCUAUCCAGUCACGGCUCCCAUCCGUCUGCUUCACCCCCUAGCCCCAAAGUGGAACCAGUAACAGCCGCUGUGGAGGUGAAACCAGAACCAGUUAACGCCCCUGUAUCCUCACUUGUCGUCGGCUCUGAGGCCAGACAGUCGGCAGCAACGAACCAGUUGAAUCCAGUGAAGUGUGAAACCAGUCCGUCGUUGGCUGGAAAGCGGAAGAAAGAGGCGUCGGACGGCUCAAGCUGGGCUCUCUCAGAUAGCGAUGAUGACGAUGGAGAUGUGAAGGGGAAGGGCCUCGUUAAGAGGGGCCCUCCGAGCCCCAAAACGAAGAAACUGAAGGAAGAGACCGAGCGCCCUCCGAGUCCCCACGGUCGCCUCUACUACAUCGACGAGCCAGAGGACUUCUUUGAGUCCAGUGUUCCUUGUUUGAACGACACCUACAGGUUUUACCUCAACAAGGUCACAGGGCUGGACAGGAAGUACAACAGUGGGGCUCUGCACAUCAGAGACAUUCUCUCGCCAUUAUUUGGGACCCUGAAAGAGUCUGCUCAGUUUAACUACUGCUUUGAUUUAGCCUGGAUGGUUAAGCAGUACCCACCAGAGUUUAGGGAUCGUCCAGUUCUGAUCGUCCACGGAGAUAAGAGGGAGGCCAAGGCCCGGCUGCUCAAGCAGGCUCAGCCUUUUCCACACAUUCGCUUCUGCCAGGCCAAGCUGGAUAUUGCUUUUGGAACUCACCACACGAAGAUGAUGUUGCUGUGGUAUGAGGAAGGCUUCAGAGUCAUCAUUCUGACCUCCAACCUCAUCAGAGCCGACUGGUACCAGAAAACACAAGGGAUGUGGAUGAGCCCCGUGUUUCCACGGUUACCGGAGGGCAGCGAUGACAGCGCAGGCGAGUCAUCGACCUUCUUCAAGAGGGACCUGCUGGAAUACCUGGCGUCGUACCGCGCACCAGAACUCGAGGAGUGGAUCCGGCGAAUCAAAGAGCACAACCUGUCAGAGGCCAGGGUUUAUUUGGUCGGCUCAACCCCUGGGAGAUAUGUUGGCUCAGACAUGGAGCGCUGGGGCCACCUGAGGCUGAGGAAGCUGUUGUAUGACCACGCAGAUCCUGUUCCCGGGGAGGAGAGGUGGCCUGUGAUUGGCCAGUUCUCCAGCAUCGGCUCUAUGGGAGUGGAUAAGACCAAAUGGUUGACGGGGGAAUUUCAGCGCACCAUGACCACGCUGGGGAAAUCCUCUCUUCGCCCAGAACCCCCCAUGCACUUGGUGUAUCCAUCAGUUGAAGAUGUGAGGACUAGUUUAGAAGGCUAUCCAGCGGGCGGCUCUCUUCCCUACAGCUUCCAGACGGCUCAGAAACAACUCUGGCUCCACUCCUUCUUCCACCGUUGGAAGGCAACUGCAACAGGAAGGAGUCAUGCCAUGCCACACAUCAAGACCUACAUGAGGGCGUCACCAGAUUUCACUCAGCUUGCCUGGUUCCUCGUCACAAGUGCCAACCUGUCCAAAGCAGCCUGGGGUGCGCUGGAGAAGAGCAAGACUCAGGUGAUGGUUCGUUCAUACGAGCUGGGAGUCCUCUACGUGCCCUCUGCCUUCAACAUGAAGACCUUCCCCGUUCACAAAAGUCAGUUUCCUGUCUCCUCCUCUGCUGGUUUCCCUGUGCCCUUUGACCUCCCCCCCACAUGCUACUCUCCUAAAGAUCAGCCUUGGAUCUGGAACAUUCCGUACAGCCAGCCUCCCGACACACACGGCAACAUCUGGGUUCCCUCCUGAACACACACACACAUAUAUAGACACAUCUCUGUUACUUUACAACUGCUUUGUUUGUAAUUGUCAGUACUGUAGCUACAGUAGGUGUUAGUUGUCAUUAACAUUUAUUUUUAUAUUUUAUACCUGACUGUAGACUCAUGUUUUCUACCAAUAAAUAAAAUACUGUUUUCAUUG